CCUCCCUGAAUUCUCAGAAUCUUAGCCUCUUUUGUUCUUCGGAUAAAAGAUAGUGCCCAGAAUCUGCGCUCCCUCCGAUUCUCGGAGCGUCUCCUUCUCGGUUUCGUUCUCUAUAAACCACUGAACCAGAGCGUCUCCUUAUCGGUUUCCUUCUCUCUACACCACUGACCCAGAGCGAAAUCCAUCGCCAUGGACGUCGCUGAAGCUCCAUGGUGUUCUCUGCCUCACUUUCUCGUUUCUUCUCGCGCCUCGUGGAUAGUUUCCUCUUGCAGUGCUGUAAAACCAUAUAUGUUCUGUCAAACCCGACGCGGAAAAAUGUAUAGGCUCACAUUAUGCUUCGGGGUCUCUCGUGCUCGUGCACAGUCUGCUUUGAUUAGUGUAAAGCAAGGUCAGCCAGAUAAUGUUAUGAGAGGAAUUUGCGAGGUUGUUUGGAUCGUGGAAGCUGAUCUUGAUUCUAAUGAACAUCUCUAUGUCACCGGAGAUCAUGUGGCUUUGGGUAGCUGGGAGCCAGAUAGAGCAAUCUUAAUGUAUCCAACAGAAAUUGAGAAUGUAUGGAAAGCUGAAGUUAAGAUUGGUUCUGGUGUAAAUUUCAGGUAUAAUUAUUUUAUAAAAGCAGGAGGCGGAUCUUCGGUAGAUUUCAUUUGGAGACCAGGACCCCAGUUUUCUCUGUCAGUUCCUUAUUCUGUCAGUCGAGACAGAAAAAUCAUUGUAAGGGAUUCCUGGCUGACUUUGUGUCCUAAAUCACAACAAUCUCAUAUGUGGGAGUCUUGGGUAGACGAGUCUUUCCUCUUGGACCAGCAUGUGGCCUCAGCUGAAAUCGAAGAUGAAAGUACUUUUGUCGAUAAUGCUACAGAAGUUCCAAGACAACUUAUGAAUGACAAACAAUUUAAAGAUGAACCUUCCUCCGCUGAUGUGGUUGCAACCGUUUCAUCAGAUAACUCGGGCUUUAGUGCAUUAUUUUCUGAAAGAUACCAGCCUAUUGAGGAACCAUGGUUACUUCAACCAUCUAGUACCUUGCAACAUGCUGAGGAUAUGCAGACCGAUAGAGGACAAAGGGUGGAAAGUGAUGAUAGAACUGAAGAUGAUUUAGACAUUGACAGCCAAAAUAAGCAGAUGACUCUCUUGCCGGACAAUGGAUUUAGCUCACGACAAGAUUCUGUUUCUACUACGAUACUAAUUAAUUCCUCUAUAUGUACCAUGCAAAGGAUUGCUGUAUUGGAAGAUGGAAAUCUGGUUGAGCUAUUGUUGGAGCCAGUUAAAACCAAUGUGCAGUGUGACAGUGUUUAUCUAGGUGUGGUCACUAAGUUUGUUCCCCAUAUGGGUGGCGCAUUUGUGAACAUUGGAAGUGUUAGACAUUCUUUCAUGGAUAUUAGGCCAAACAGGGAACCAUUUAUAUUCCCUCCCUUCCGUGAUAUGUCGAAGAAGCAAGAAGCAGAUGGUCCUCUUUUUCACUCCAUCAAUGGUAUUUCAGCUCCACCUGAACUUGAUCAUGCAUCAUAUGAGUUAGAAGGCAAUGACUCAUCAAAUGUGGAUUCAGUUAAUUAUCCUGUGCAACAUUUUCAUAAUGGUGAUGAGGAGGAGGAGGAGGAGGAGGAGGAGGAGGAGGAGGAAGAAGAGCAUGAAAAUGAUGAUGUCUCGGAUGUUCUGGCCGGAAUAGUGAAUGGGAGGAUAGUUAACCAUGGUGAAGCAGAAGCUGAUUUCGAUGAAUACCAUGAAGGAGAUGAGCAAAAUCUUGAAGUUGGAUCUGAUAAUGGUUCCCUUCCUAUGCAGACAAACUGGUCUCUGGAUUCUCUAAAUUCUGUUGGAUCAGAAGUGAAAGCUGCCAAGGGUAUGUCAUCUCUGGACAACAAAUGGAUCCAAGUUCGUAAAGGUACCAAAAUAGUUGUGCAAGUUGUUAAAGAGGGCCUUGGCACCAAAGGUCCUACUCUUACUGCUUAUCCGAAACUGAGAAGCAGAUUCUGGGUAUUACUGGCUCGUUGUGAUCGAAUUGGAGUCUCAAAAAAGAUUUCUGGAGUUGAGAAAACCCGGUUGAAAGUUAUCGCGAAAACUCUACAGCCCCAUGGGUUUGGCCUGACUGUAAGAACUGUAGCUGCCGGUCAUUCUCUAGAGGAACUGCAGAAAGACUUGGAAGGUUUGCUUUCAACUUGGAAAAACAUUAUAGAAGAUGCAAAAUCUGCAGCACUUGCUGCAGAUGAAGGCGUCGAAGGAGCCACUCCCGUCUUGCUACAUAGGGCUAUGGCCCAAACGCUCUCUGUUGUGCAGGACUAUUUCAAUGACAAGGUUCAGAAGAUGGUAGUUGACUCUCCUAGAACGUACCAUGAGGUUACCAAUUAUCUGCAGGAAAUUGCACCUGACCUUUGCGACCGAGUUGAGCUGCAUGAGAAAGGGAUUCCUCUAUUUGAUCUAUACAACAUUGAAGAGGAAAUCGAUAGUAUUCUCAGCAAAAGAGUUCCACUUCCCAAUGGAGGUUCUUUAGUGAUUGAACAAACAGAGGCAUUGGUCUCCAUUGAUGUGAAUGGUGGGCAUGGGAUGUUUGGUCAGGGGAAUUCACAGGAGAAAGCUAUUCUGGAUGUUAACCUUACGGCUGCCCGACAAAUCGCAAGGGAGAUACGACUGAGAGAUAUCGGUGGUAUCAUCGUGGUAGAUUUCAUCGACAUGGCAGAUGAAUCAAAUAAGCGACUCGUAUACGAAGAAGUUAAGAAAGCAGUAGAGAGGGAUAGGUCUUUGGUGAAAGUCUCGGAAUUGUCUAGACAUGGACUUAUGGAAAUAACAAGAAAACGGGUUCGUCCAAGUGUAACAUUCAUGAUCAGUGAGCCGUGUUCUUGCUGUCAUGCAACUGGUAGAGUUGAAGCCUUGGAGACAUCCUUUUCAAAGAUCGAACAAGAGAUUUGUCGGCAGCUAGCAAAGAUGAACAAAAGAGGAGAUCCUGAAAAACCAAAGUCUUGGCCAAGAUUCAUAUUGCGGGUUGACAAUCAUAUGUCUGACUACUUGACUACAGGGAAGAGGACAAGACUUGCAAUUCUCAGUAGUUCCCUUAAAGUGUGGAUUCUUCUAAAGGUUGCAAGGCACUUCACGAGAGGGACCUUUGAGGUGAAACCAUUCAUGGACGAGAAGGUCGUCAAUGAAAGACAGCAUCGAGUAGCUAUUUCACUGCUCAAGAAAGCCGACACCAGAGGUGACGUGUCUGGCAAGAAACUUACUCUGGUUCCUGUUAAGAAGGGCAAGACCAGUGGGAAACAGAGACAAUGAAACAUAACCUAUAAUUUCAUCCAUAGUUGCUCUGCUUGAUAGGUCAGAAAAGAUUCGUUCUUUUGUCUUGAUAAGGACUAUGUUUUUUCCCAACAGUGAAGCAAUUUUGUUGUAUGUCAGAUUAUCAGUCCCCUUCAAUGUAAACCAGAUUUUUAUCAAGAGAGAAGUAUUAUUUCCCUUUCUCA